CUUUUCGGCCCUCUCAUUGCAGCACUUCACUUCUUCAACUCUGAGACUAAAACCUCUUUUCCCCUUUCAAUACAUUAUCCAUUAUAUUUUCUCAACUAUUAAAAAAAGAUCCCUGGUGGCAUUUCUGCUAAUGAGUGAAUAAAUUGCUGGAAAGACAACAACAACUCUUCUUGCCUGCCUAGGAAAAAAAAAAACCGUUGUAGUAUUUGGCGUGCUUAUUUUCCUAGAUGAGGCAUAAACAGUGACAAGAAGUUGAAGUUACUGGGGGUGAUAACUAAUAAGGUGUGCAGAAGAAUAAAUCUAAAAAAAGAGAUUGAUUGAGUGAAAGAUUUUAUGGACUGGAACUUGAAAGCUACUUCUUGGGAUUUGACUGAACUUGUUAACGAAGCUGAACCAACCAUAGAUGUUGCCAAUGGAUCAAGCAGCUAUGGAGUUCCUAGGAAUGAAGGGGAUUUCUCAGUUGAUUUGAAGCUUGGUCAGGUAGGAAAUUCUGGAGAAGAGUCAAUGAAUAAAUGGAAGGAACCAGGAGAGUUAAAGAUGGAGUCUUCACCUUCCAAGAGGGCUCGAGCAACUAAUAAUGGAACUCAUCAGGUUUCCUGCCUUGUUGAUGGGUGCAAUUCAGACCUUAGCAGUUGUAGGGACUACCAUAGGCGCCAUAAGGUGUGUGAGCUUCACUCCAAGACUCCACAGGUUAUGAUUAAUGGCCAGAAGCAACGGUUCUGUCAACAAUGCAGCAGGUUUCACUCACUGGAGGAGUUCGAUGAAGGAAAGAGAAGCUGCAGGAAACGUCUUGAUGGACACAACCGGAGGCGAAGGAAGCCUCAGCCAGAUCCCCUCUCACGUUCUGGGAGCUAUUUUUCCAAUUACCAAGGUACCCAGAUGUCGCCAUUCUCUAAUUUGCAAGUAUAUCCAUCCACCACUGUGGUGAAACCUACUUGGCCUGGAGUUACCAAUUCUGAGACAGAUUCUAGGCAUCUUAACCAGCAGCAACAGUUACACUCACCAGAGAAACGAAAUCUUGUUCUUGGAUCCUCUUCGAGCAACUACAGAGGAGGGAAGCAAUUCAUGUUCUUGCAAGGUGAAAAUAACACUCCCCAGAAUCAAACACUUCCAGAAGCUUCUGUCUGCCAGCCGCUUCUCAGGGCUACGCCUUUCUCAGAAGGCAGUGGGGGCAGCCACACUAUGUUCUGUGACAGGUCAACAACUCCAGUUCAAGAUUCAGAUUGUGCUCUCUCUCUUCUGUCAUCUCCGCAGACACAGACAUCUGGGAUCAGUUUGAGUAGCAUGGUGCAGCCUCGCUCAUUUCCCUUGGUGCAGCCCUUAGGUCCAAGCCUACAGAACCACAUUAUAGAGCCCAUGGAUUCAGUUGUUGUUGCCAAUGGCAGGGACACGGCGGUCCAUUGCCCAGGAAUGUUUCACAUGGGUUCUGGUGGAUCCUCUGGCAAUGAAGCCCCUCAAACUCUUCCCUUUCAUUGGCAGUAGGAAUUUUGAAACCUUCAGUGCACAAUAAACAUGGGUUCUUUUGUUGAACCCUGAGUGCCAAACCUAGAAUGUUUGUAUAUUGAAUUCAAUAUAACUGCUUUUUUUGUUGCAAUGUCGUGAUUGUGCUAGGACUUUUGAAGCUGAAGCUCAAGUUUCCUUUUUUUCCAGGUUUGGAUUUAGUAUUCCUCAUCUCAUUUUCUUUCGGGGUGAAAUUCAGUGUUCCCUGUUCUUAUUUAUGUUCA